AAAUUCUCCCCUGCCUGCCUGAAGUCAAUCUCAAAAGAUUGGUUGAUAAAAGAAGUGGACAAAGGAAAAAGUAUGCCCAUACUUUCUAACCAAUAUCCAUCAUUAGACUGGUAAGCGAAGAAGACUGGAUUCCUAAAGGAUGCUGUGAGAUAUUCUGAAAGAUCACCCAUGACAUUUUCAACGUACUGUGAAGUUGAAGACCGAAAGAUAAACACAAAGCAUGAAAGCAUGGACAUGAGAAACUUGGAAUAGCAGAAAUGGAAAGCAGCAUGUGCCUUAGCAGUGCAAUUUUGUCUCUGUGUUUGUCAUGUAUGUGGUUGGGAGUGGUGCCUUCCAUUUCUAGUGCACAGACAGACACCAUCAAACCUGGGGAAGAGCUUCAAUUCUCGGAAAAAUUACUGGUUUCUGCAAAAGGGACUUUUACUCUAGGCUUCUUCAGCCUGGAAUCUGGCAGUUAUUUAGGAAUAUGGUACACAACUGAUGAUUAUCACAAGAAAGUUUGGGUUGCUAACAGAGACAAGGCUAUAUCCGGCACCGAUGCAAAUCUCACGCUGGAUGCCGAUGGCAAAUUGAUGAUCACGCAUAGUGGGGGUGAUCCAAUUGUCCUGAAUUCCAAUCAAGCAGCCAGAAACUCAACAGCUACUCUGCUUGAUUCUGGAAAUUUUGUUUUGAAAGAGUUCAAUUCGGAUGGAUCUGUGAAGGAGAAACUAUGGGAGAGUUUCGAUAAUCCUACAGACACCCUCCUGCCUGGGAUGAAACUAGGCAUCAACUUGAAAACCGGACGAAACUGGUCACUUGCUUCAUGGAUAAGCGAACAAGUGCCUGCUCCUGGGACUUUUACUCUGGAAUGGAAUGGCACACAAUUGGUGAUGAAACGCCGAGGGGGCACCUACUGGAGCAGUGGAACCUUGAAAGAUAGGAGCUUUGAGUUCAUUACUUGGUUGAUGAGCCCUGACACUUUCAAUAACAUCUACAGUUUUAACAGUGUUUCGAAUGCAAACGAGAUUUACUUUAGCUAUUCAGUUCCAGACGGAGUUGUUUCAGAGUGGGUAUUGACCUCGGAAGGGGGACUUUUUGACACUAGUAGACCUGUAUUUGUGCUGGACGAUCUGUGCGACAGGUAUGAAGAAUAUCCAGGGUGUGCAGUGCAAAACCCACCCACUUGUAGGACUAGAAAAGACGGAUUCAUGAAGCAAUCGGUUCUCAUAUCAGGAUCACCAUCAUCAAUAAAAGAAAAUUCGAGCUUGGGCCUUAGUGAUUGUCAGGCUAUAUGCUGGAAUAAUUGUUCUUGUACUGCUUAUAAUAGUAUAUACACUAACGGAACUGGAUGUCGGUUUUGGAGUACAAAAUUUGCACAAGCCCUCAAGGAUGACGCAAAUCAGGAGGAGCUCUAUGUUUUAUCCUCAUCACGAGUUACGGGGAGCAGUUGGUGGAUAUGGGUCAUUAUUGCAGGAGUGGUACUUUUGGUCUUGUUACUUACGGGCUCCUUAUACUAUUCAAGGAGAAAAUUCAGAGGGGAAAGAGAAAUGGAGGAAGCUGCGCUGCUUGAAUUGGCAACUUCAGACAGCUUUGGUGAUUCAAAAGAUGAUGAACAUGAUGGAAAGAGGGGGGCUCAUGAUCUUAAACUGUUCAGUUUUGAUUCUAUUGUGGCUGCCACAAAUAACUUUUCACCUGAAAAUAAACUUGGAGAGGGUGGUUUUGGCCCGGUUUAUAAGGGGAAAUUACUUGAGGGGCAAGAAAUAGCAGUGAAGAGACUUUCAAGGGGCUCCAGCCAAGGAUUGGUGGAGUUCAAAAAUGAGAUUAGACUGAUUGUCAAACUCCAACACAUGAAUCUUGUUAGACUUUUGGGUUGCUGCAUCAAGGGAGAAGAAAAGAUGUUAAUCUAUGAGUUCAUGCCCAACAAAAGCUUGGACUUCUUCCUCUUUGAUCCUGCUAGAAGAAAGAUAUUGGACUGGAAAAGACGUCACAAUAUCAUAGAGGGUAUUGCACAAGGACUUCUUUACUUGCAUAAAUAUUCAAGACUAAGAAUUAUUCAUAGAGAUCUAAAAGCAAGUAACAUCCUACUUGAUCAUGACUUGAACCCCAAAAUUUCUGAUUUUGGCAUGGCCAGAACUUUUGGGCGAAAUGCAUCGGAAGCAAAUACAAAUAGGAUUGUUGGAACAUAUGGUUACAUGCCACCCGAGUAUGCCAUGGAAGGAAUUUUCUCGGUGAAAUCAGAUGUUUAUAGCUUUGGGGUCCUACUGUUGGAGAUUGUGAGCGGCCGGAAGAACAAAAGCUUUCAUCAUAACCACGGUGCCUUUGCCAUAAACCUGGCAGUAUACGCUUGGGAUCUAUGGAAAGAAGGUACUAGCUUGGAGCUAGUGGAUCCAAUGCUGGAGGAUUCCUACUCAACAACCCAAAUGUUGAGAUGCAUUCAUAUUGCUCUCUUGUGCGUACAGGAGAGAGCAGCAGAUAGGCCUACAAUGUCAGCUGUUAUCUCCAUGCUCACCAACGAAACUGUACCCCUACCAAACCCAAAUCUACCCGCAUUUUCCACCCAUCAUAAAGUGUCAGAGACAGAUUCACACAAAGGCGGGCCAGAGAGCUGUUCUGGAAGUGUAACUAUUUCAGAGACGGAAGGUCGGUAAAGAAGAGAAUUUCAGGGGGUGACAGGGAACCUAGAGAACAGCCGUUUUUGUCCUAACCUAUCAGCAAUUUGUCUAGAUUGAUUUGUAUUGCCACCAUAUAUUUAUUAGAUAUAGAGUCAACUAGGUUUCCCUCAAGGUAAUCUUUUUCAAAGCACAACAGAAGCUGAUUUGGUACCAUUUGAAACAUAGUUUUAACCUAUAGCCUGUGGCCCUAUUUGCCUUUUUUUUUUUUUUUCCGGGAAAUUUAUCUAACCAUACACCACAUACCAAAAUUUUGCCUUUUAGAAACUUUGUUUUUUACUUUUGAAAUUUAGUGGAUUUUGGGGGAAAUAAAUGUCUUUCCAUACACUGUAAUAACAAUGUUGAGACCCUUCCAAAAAUGCCCUCAUGCACUUUGACAGCUCUCCUAGUUGGAUCACCCACUUGGAAAAUUCACGUAAGCAAGGUCCAAGUUAGCUACCUACAACAGUUGAUGACAAGGUUCAUGUACAUGUCAUCAUCCAACUAGACAGUUCACAUGGAUUGAUUUUUUAAAACAUAUUUACCCCCAAAUGUCUUCUUCUCUCUUCAACCAACCCUAACACCAAAAACACAUGUUUUUUCUUCUUCAUUCAUAGGCACAACCCAUCACAAGGCGAAACGAUCCAUAAAAAAAUCUGGUGGCUUCUCAAUUUGCCAUAACCAAUUAACCCCAAACAAACCUCCAAACAAGAUCCCUUAUUUUAUUUCUCCUCCAUCACCAUAAGAAAGACGACAUCAUCAUUUUCCCACCAAACAUCAAUUCGAAAACAAAAGUCCAAGUGUGAAAUGCCUAACAAAGCCUAAGUAGACAAAGAGCCCCUUUCCUUUUUCUCAUUUCAACAUCGACAAAGUCAUUUCUUCCCUUCUUGUACUUCCUCUUUUGCUUUUGCGUUGAAAAAUGAGAAAGAAAGCAAUUGAGAGAAAGAGGGAACAAAGCAAUUAAAUAUUGUAGUUGCAUUUAACUUUUAAAGUAAGGGUUUUUCCAGAUGAUAUAUGUAUUUUAUUAAAUUUUGUAAUAACUAUUUAUUUUGAUUUGUCAUUUUGAUUCUUUGAGAUUUGAAUACUGUUAUAGUUAUGUGAUUUGUGGAAUUUUGUGAUUUAAACUUAAUUACAUUGCAUAUUUGUACA